AGCCAAAAUCAAGUACAAUUUUCCUUCUUUCUAUUUCUGCUCGUACCGCACUAUAUCCAUCACUGUACUCUGAUUGAUUCCUCUAUGACUUCAUCUUGACGAUGCAAAAGAUUCCAUUUUUCUGUACAAAUCAAUCCAAUUCAUUCACAUUUCAUUGGUUCCACUAGAUUCCAUUUUAUCACCACAUUCUAUAUAUUUUUUCUUCUUCAAAAAUCCUAUUCGGUGUUCCUGAAUUUAAGAAAUUCGAACUAACAGGAAAAAGGGAAUAAUUUUGUGUAAUAUGGGUUGGUUUACGAAGUUUCUCAAUGGCUCUAAUCAUAGAAUUUCAGGAGGGCAAUACAAUGGCAAACAUGGUGAUGAUAGGAUUUGGGAUAGUCAUCAUAGUUCAGUGGAUGAUUUGACGGAUGUCGAAAAAGAAGACAUCGAUCGUGCAAUUGCACUUUCUCUAUCAGAGGAGGAUCUGAAAGGGAAAAAAGUUGUUGAGGAUGACUCUCAGUCUGAAGAAGAUGAACAACUUUGUAAAAUUGACGAGGACGAUGAGAAUGUUGGUAAAGUUCGACAAGAUGAAGAGGACCUUCUAGCUAAAAUUCAGCAGGCUGAAAAUGAACGCCGUGCCAAAGAUCAAGUUGAGGAAGACGAGCAACUUGCAAGGGCAAUUCAAUUAAGUUUGAGCACUGGUUCUCCUCCUCGACAUGGCAAAGAUUCUCUACCUCAACCUUCUCCCCACCUCUUUCCACCAGGAUUCAGAAUCUGUGCUGGAUGCAAUGCUGAGAUUGGCCAUGGAAGAUUUUUAAGUUGCAUGGGAGGGGUCUGGCAUCCACAAUGCUUCCAAUGCCAUGCUUGCCAUCUGCCAAUCACUGAUUAUGAGUUUUCCAUGUCUAGCAACCGUCCUUACCAUAAAUCCUGCUACAGGGAGAAGCAUCACCCAAGAUGUGAUGUUUGCAAGAAUUUUAUCCCGGCUAAUUCAGCUGGCCUCAUUGAGUAUAGAGCUCAUCCUUUCUGGAUACAAAAAUACUGCCCAACACAUGAGCUCGACAGCACUCCUCGUUGUUGUAGCUGCGAAAGAAUGGAGCCAAAGGAUUCAAAAUAUCUUUUUCUUGAUGAUGGUCGAAAGCUAUGUCUUGAGUGUCUAGACUCGGCAAUUAUGGACAGUCAUGAAUGCCAACCUCUCUACCAUGAAAUACUAGAAUUUUAUGAAGGUUUAAAUAUGAAAGUGGAGCAGCAAGUUCCUAUGCUUUUGGUGGAAAGACAAGCACUAAAUGAGGCCAUGGAGGGAGAAAAGAAUGGUCAUCACCAUUUACCUGAAACUAGAGGACUCUGCUUGUCAGAGGAACAAACCGUCACCACAAUUUUAAGAAAACCAAGUAUAGGGGCAGGACACCGAGUCACAGACAUGAUAACCAAGCCUUAUAGACUGACCCGUCGAUGCGAAGUGACGGCCAUUCUUGUUUUGUAUGGCCUUCCUAGAUUGUUGACAGGAUCAAUCCUAGCUCAUGAGAUUAUGCAUGCAUGGCUCAGGCUUAAAGGUUAUCCCAACUUGAGGCCAGAAGUUGAAGAAGGAAUCUGUCAAGUCUUGGCUCAUAUGUGGUUAGAAUCAGAGCUCUAUUCUGGAUCUGGGAAUAACGAUGCACCGUCUUCGUCUUCAUCAUCGUCAAUGCUGCCGUCCUCUGCAUCAUCGAAGAAGGGUAAACGGUCUGAUUUUGAGAAGAAACUUGGCGAGUUUUUCAAAAACCAGAUUGAGUCAGAUACCUCACCAGCCUAUGGAGAUGGAUUCAGAUCGGGUUACCAGGCGGUACUUAAGUAUGGGCUCAAAAGUACCCUUGAUCAUAUCCAUUUGACCGGAACUUUUCCAUGUUGAAAAUUUGAAAGCUAGCAUAAUUUUUUCGCCCAUAUGAACCAAUGCCUCAUCAUGGUCCGGAGUGUUACCUGUCUAGCCCCUCCAAUCGAAUAUCAGUCGUCGGAUUAAUAUGAUGGUUGAUUGAUAGUAUUGGUCUCUUGGUGAUUAGAUUAAUUCAACGACUGAGUUUUUGUUGGAUAGGUAAUGAGAUUCAGCUGCCAUCAUACAAAUAAUUGACAAAUAUUGAGUGUCUUAAAGCACUUUCUAAGAAUUCCAAAAUAGGAGGUAUUGAAUCAAAGGAAAUGUUACCAUAAAUACUUUUUAUUUUCGAUUUCUUAUGAAGUAAUAAAAAUUCUAUGAUACCUUUAGGUUACUCGUUAA